UAAAUUUACAAAACUUUGUCAUCUUAGCCACAAUAUUGUUCCUGAGAGCUUAUAUUAUAAUUAAGCAUGGGGGAUUUAAAGGCUCUAGUUGUUCUGGUUGCCUUACUUUCCUUUUCUAGUGUUUUUAUGGUAACCCAAGCUCGAGACAUCAUUAAGGGUGAGAAGGUGAAGACUCAGGGUUUGGGGUUGGACUUGGGUAAUAUAGGCAUAGGCAUUGGCACUGGCAUAGGCAUAGGCCUAGGCGGGUCCGGGUCAGGUUCCGGAUCGGGCUCGGGAGCAGGCGGUUCAAGCUCUAGCUCUAGCUCGAGUUCAAGCUCUAGUAGCUCAAGUCACGGUGGUGGUGGUGGUGGUGGUGAGAGUAGUGCUGGAUCAGAAGCAGGGUCUUAUGCAGGGUCAAGAGCUGGCGGCGGCUCAAACGGUGGUGGAGGCGGAUAUGGUGGCGGCCAUGGAGGAGGUUAUGGCAGCGGCGGCGGCAGCGGCUACUAGCAAGAUGCUUCCAUCUUGCUAACAUAGCAUACCGUCUCGGUCUGAGUUAAAUAAUAGAGCACGGUUCUUUGAACAUCAAGACUCGGUGUCAUAAUACAACACUGAGGCUUUUGGGUGUCAUAUUAUAGCACUCGAAUUGAAUGCCAAAAGAAUCGUGUGAUAAGUAAUGAGUAUAAUCACGUAAAUUAGUACGAGUUUGUAUGUAUUGUGAUUUGUGAAGUUAUGAAUGAAAUAAAUAUCCUGAGUGAGUACUACUGAGUAUAUAAUAAGAAGAGUUCUACUAA